UGGUCGAAGCCAUUCCGGCAAUCCGCUCAGGCUCUUUGGUCAGGUCAGUCGACAGAUCGUAGAAACAUGUUCACGGUUUAUCCGUGUGUCACUGUUAGUCUGCGCGUGUUGUGCUGUUUCUGGACACAACUAUCCCACGAACAGGACCAGGGGCUCAAUCUUGAUCACCACAUAGCGAUCGUUAUAGCUAUUUUUCAAAUUUGCGCGCUCAUUCCGUCACGCGCAUUGGCCGUCAACCGGGGAGCACGAGCGUUUAGCAAGCGUUACGAGAUAGCGAAUAGUUCAAAAUCUAGCCCUGAGCCGUAAACGGCUCUGGAACAGACGACCAAAGUUCCCACUAUUUCAACGGGACCGUCCGUGCAACAUUCGCGUGACUACACAACUACAACAACAACAACAAAAAAGAAAUUGAAAUAAUUGCUUCAUUUUCCCGCGGACGCAACUAGAAUGCAAGGCGUCCCACACAGCACCAAUGAGAAGCAGGAGCUACAUUUUUUGCGCGGAUGCACCUGAAGAGUGAGCGUCUCGUCUUGUUGGGUUGUUUCCACCGUUCCCGCUCUUGCACUCAAUUUCAAAAAGGCUUUUGAACUUUCAACGCGACGUGCCAGAUGGAGAUCGACACCAUGGAAAGACAUCAUCUACACUAACUUAGAAGCGUUAAAGUAUCGCUUUCAAGAGCGUGAACUUGAUCGGGACCUUUGGCUGAAAAAGCCUGUUCAUACCGCACUAUUCUUGGACAUUAACUACUUCCUUUUCACAAGAAUUAAUAAAAAGGGAAGCAAAAACAAGAUUUGCAGCAUGUUGGCCUGCGACAGACGGCACGCUGCAGAAGGACUUGAGAAUUGUCAUUUGUGAUUGGCUCAACGAAUUGAGGGGACAACCCGAAGCGACUCAGUUUGUAUCGGACUUUGUUCCACGGAUCCUGUUGCAUCCUGGGAGGGCAGUGUGUGUCGAGCUCUACGCCUGUUUCUCAACCUACGUCCUGCAAUGCUGCCUCGACCGCACUAGUUUCAAGCGCAAGUUUCGGCUCGCACGCAAAAAUGCGUUAAUGGAUUAUGAGACUAGCACAUCUCGAGCUUCUGAUGCUGCUAUGCAAGAAAAAAUUCUGUCUGUGAAGGAAGACGCGGACCAGCUCAUGAGGGAGCUGCAGAAGCGGGAGCGAAGUGCAUGCUCAAAGCUCAGUAUUAUGAGGGGGCUAUCACUCAGCAAGCCUUCAAUCGACAUCCAUCAAAUUGAACAAAAGGCUGAGGCCUUCGCAAAGGAGCUCGAAGGUAUCACUUCGUUGCUCACUACCCGGGACGAGCUCACGUGUCUGACUUCCGGAUUUGCACGAAGAAAGGAUCGAACUUUCGAUGGAGCAAAGUUCCAGACAGGCGAACCACUUGAUGUUGUCAGCUUGCUAGAGAAGCAUUCAGAAGACUUGAACGCUUUUGCUGACAAGGCCGAAAGUGCAGAUUUUGCUGCAAUUGCGAAUGUCACACCAGUCCUGGAGCUGCAACUACAAGCGCACAAAGCCAGGAUUGAUGAACUCCGGACUGCAAGGGCCAAGUUGCAAACCAUGGAGGCCAAUUGUAAAGCUACCAUUGCAGAGUGCGAGGAGGAGAUGGAAAGCAGAGAGCUUCCGCCAUUACCCGAAAUAGUCAUUAACGGCCACGUCUGCAACUUUGACCCCUUCCCUGCAAUAUUGAAACCACGACCUUUGGCAUCGGCCUGCACUGGUGACAGGGACAACAGCUUAGCUGCCAAUGUCGCUGUCGUCGAAGAGGUAUUGACAACUGGCACGCUGGGAAUGGACAAAGUCCUGACCGUGUCCACAGACUCCCUGCUGUUCGAGAACGACGAAGGCUGCAACCCGCCUAUAUCCCCGGUUUCGCAAGAUCCAUACGACUGGGAAGAGGCGCUGUCUCCGGAGGCGGACAAAGAUAAUUUGUAACUUGCUUGUAAUUUGGUGCUCGAGUAAAUGACACAAGUUAA